CGCAACGAUUAGCCACAGCUCGCCGGGAGAGAAGUGUGUGUGUGUGUGUGUUGCGAUGGCGACGAGAACUCUAAGGAACCGAUUCGAAUCUCGCUUUUUGAUUCGCCUCCUUCAGUCUCCGUCGAGCUCCAGAUCCCUUCAAACCCUAGCCUACGAAGAAGUCAAAUCCUCCGGCGACGGGAAACACGAAUCCACAGCUCUCAUCCUCCACGGCCUCCUCGGCUCGGGACGUAACUGGCGAUCGUUUUCCCGCUCUCUCGCAUCGUCUCUCUCCGAUUGGAAGAUGAUGCUCGUCGAUCUGAGGAACCACGGGAGAUCGACGGAGGCGGAAGGGAUUGAUCCGCCUCACGAUCUUGUGAACUCGGCCAAGGAUUUAGCUGAUUUGGUGAAGGCGAGUGGGUGGAACUGGCCUGAUGUGGUGAUUGGUCAUUCUCUAGGAGGUAAAGUCGCGUUGCAGUUCUUGGAGAGCUGUGCUCGUGGUGAUUAUGGUGCUUCUGCUUCUCCUCCUAAGCAGGUAUGGGUGUUAGACUCUGUCCCUGGGGAAGUCAAGGCUGAACACAGUGAUGGCGAAGUUGAGAAAGUUCUCAAGACGUUGCAGAGUUUGCCUUCACCAAUCCCUUCACGCAAGUGGCUCGUGGAUCAUAUGGUGGAGCUUGGGUUUUCAAGAUCGUUAUCUGAGUGGAUCGGCAGUAAUCUCAAGAGAUCAGGAGACUCAGAGACAUGGGCCUUUAACCUCGAGGGAGCUGUUCAGAUGUUCAACUCUUAUAGAGAGACUUCGUAUUGGUCUUUGCUAGAGAAUCCGCCAAAAGGGACCGAGAUUUCUUUUGUGAUUGCUGAGAAGAGUGACAGAUGGGACCAUGAUACAACCACGAGGCUCGAAAGAAUUGCUAAACAGAGACAGAAUGUAUCAGAAGGGAAGGUGGCCACUCAUGUUCUACGUAACUCUGGUCAUUGGGUCCACACAGACAAUCCCAAGGGACUGCUAGAGAUUGUGAGUGCCAACUUCUUGUCCACGCACAAGUAGACCCUAUGAAAAUUGCCUCAGUCUUUGGUUUGUUUAUCUCUCUUCUUCUGUAUUUAGAUGCAGAAAUAGCAAAUUCAGUCUCGUUACUAUUUACAAAAUGAUUUGCGCUUGUGAUUUUCGUCUAUUUGUUAUUCUAUGCAAUUGUGUUUAUUGUUACAGUAUGGAUUGUAUCUGAUCCCUCUUAUUUAGAGAUGUGGUUUUGUUACAUGAUAUGAAUGUAACAUGAAGUGUGAAUCAAAUCCAUGCAAGCUCUUUUCUUCUUAA